GCCGGGUUUUAUUAAUAACCAAAUGUCUGCGUCCAUUGGGAACUUUCAGUUUGAGUUAGAAAGCUCUUUGGAAGCUGCAAAAUCGGCGGGUGUCUUUUCAAAUUUGCUGAAGGAUAAGUCAGAAGAUGUUAUACUGGAGGCAUUUAAGGGACACACAAAAAUAAAGGACAUAGAAUGGAUUGCUGUAUACUUUGAGAACUGUCACAAGCUCAACACAAAAUCCAGUGAGAAAGCAAGCUGUUUAAGAAAUGAGGGAAACAAGUUAUUUCAAAAGAAAAAAUACAGAGAGGCAAUAUCAAAAUACACACAUGCAAUUAUCAGUGGACCUACAGAAACAGAGGAGUUAGCAUUUGCCUAUGGGAACAGAUCUGCAGCACUAUACAGAAUAGGUUUAUAUGAGGAAUGUCUAUCAGAUAUUGAAGAAGUUUUCAGUUGUGGCUCUCCAUCUGCACUUCAGCACAAGCUGCUUCAAAGAAAGGCACAAUGUAUGAACCAUCUUGGACGCACUGCAGAAACUAAUCUAUGUUUAGGAGAACUGCAACAUGAACUUGAAGAUCUGGAUCUUGACGCAGAUAAGAAAGGUAACAUUUUGAGUGAAAUGGCAGCAUUACAAGAUAGACAUGAACUGAGUAUUUGUUGUAGAGGAAACACAAUGAAGGCGGAGAAAGCUGUGGAGGUUCCUGAAGUAUCCUAUGGUCCUAAUUCUGUACUGGUUCAAGCCUCAGGUCUAGUCUCUUUGAACAGCAGCAAAACUAAGGGAAGGUUUCUAACUGCAUCAAAAGAUGUGAAAGCUGGAGAUACAUUAAUUGUAGAGAGACCGUUUGCUGCUGUGCUGUUGCCAGACCAUUACCCCACCCACUGUCAUCAUUGCUUUCAAAAGUUAAAUAUGGCUUACCCAUGUAGACAGUGUACAAUGGUGAGAUAUUGUAGUACAGUAUGUGCAACAUUGAGCUGGGACCAGUACCACAAUGUGGAAUGUAGAUAUCUACAACUGCUUCAUUCAGUAGGCAUAGCUCAUUUAAGUUUGAGAGUUGUGCUUGUUGCUGGAUGCAGAUAUUUACUUGGUAAGCAUUCAGUAAAGAAAUGAAUUGUA